UCCAGCUCGCUUACUUGCGACUCAGCUAUGACCACCCAAGAGCCACAUUCGAAUGCUACCGACAUUAAUGACAGCUUCAGCUACUCAUGGAAGCGUGGAAAUGAUCGCCAGUAUGCCAGAAUGGGUGUGGGUUUCCAACGGCGGCUGCGCUGCACAAUUGUUUGCAUUUUUUCGUUUGUCAUCUGCCAGAUUACGAUACUCUUAGUCCUGGUGCAUUUUGGCGGCCUUGAGGACGUGAGGGCACGCAGGUUGUAUCCACGCGACUCGUACGAAUGGCGCAAUUUCAUUGCGAACACGCCCGCGCGAUCCGACAGCUUUUAUCAAUAUAAUCGCGCGCGCAGCGAUCUCUUGGGUGAGCUGCGACAGCUGCCAAACACGCGUGCCGAUAGCUGCUACAAACGCUCCUACGCAAUGCCUCUGGCAUUCCGCGCCCGGGUCAGUGUCGUCAUCAGCUAUCAUAACGAGGCACGCUCCAUGCUGCUGCGAACGAUUAUAUCGCUGGUCAGACGCACGCCCGCACACUAUCUGCACGAAUUAAUCAUAAUCGAUGAUUACAGCGAGGAUGUAAGUUUGCUGCACGAACUGAAAUCGAGGAUGGAUAACAGCAACGCCCCAAAGUUGCUCUUUCUGCGCAAUAUGGAGCGCAUGGGCAUGAUUUGGUCACGAAACAAGGGAGCCAGCAUAGCCAGUGGCCACUAUCUGAUCUUUCUGGACAGCCACUGUGAGGUGAAUGAUGGUUGGUUGGAACCGCUGUUGGAUCGGCUGACACGAAACGCCAGACUUGCAGUCAGUCCCGUGCUGGACCGCAUCAAUCCCCAAACGCUGACUUAUGUUCAUGGCAAUGCGCGCUUGAAGGGCGGCUUCGACUGGAGUUUGCACUUCCAUUGGCUGCCCCGUAUACUCAAACCCAAGGAGCCGUUGGAAAGGCCAUAUAGUAGUGCAACCUUUUCGGGCGGCAUAUUUAUGAUCUCGCGUAAAUGGUUUCUUGAGCUACAGGGCUUCAAUCAGCACUUACAGAUUUGGGGCGGCGAGUCCAUUGAGUUUGCCAUUAAAUUGUGGCUUUGUGGCGGACAAAUUGAGAUCGUGCCCUGCAGUCGAAUUGGACAUAUUUUUCGCAGAAGCCAUGCCUUUCAGUUUCCGGCAGUGCUUGGCGACAGAGAUGUGAACAGUGCCCAGGCAACAUAUUUGAGAAACUCAAAAAUCAUAGCCGAGGCCUGGCUGGACGAAUAUAAAUAUUUGUUCUACGCACUCAAACCGGAAGCCAAACACAUUCCAUUGAACUACUCCGUCGACGACCUAAAUCACUUGAAAACGGUGCACCAUUGCGCGAGUUUUGACUGGUAUCUGCGGCAUGUCCUGAAGGAGCUCAAGCUGGAGAAUGAAGGAUUAAAGGCGAUGGGCACACUGCGCAACGACGCGAGAUGCCUUCAUGUUGAGCCGUCAGGCAUAAAAACGGAGCUGCUUCUGCAAAGCUGUUACCAGAGUGGGAUUACAACUUGGUUCUUGCGCCGGGAGAAUGGCCACCUGCAAGCGAACACAGGACUCUGCUUAAGUGUUCUCCUGCCCACAACAUUGACAUUGGAACCGUGUGCACAAAAGAAACCCCUACAGCGCUGGCACAGACGCAGCACACUCCUAGUGCAUAGCAGUACGCGCCUGUGCCUGGACAAUCCGCGGAAGAAUCGGGUAGUACUCAGCGGAUGCCGCCAGAACGCGCCAUCGCAGUCAUUUCAAUUUUCACUCGAAAUGCAGACUCAAACAUAAACGGUUUUUCGUUAAUAAGCUUUCGGCUCUGCGUCUUGGUGUAAAUGUGAG